AUGCUCACAUCUGCAAAUUCCAAGAAAGUUAAUGUAGCUUCUAGAUCAAGGAAAGAUAAGGGAAAAGAAAUUGAUGAAGACGAUGAAGAAGAAAAUUUGUCUGAAUCAGAAAAGCUUGUAAGAAAGAAACGGGGUAAAGAGCUUGAUGAGCUCAAUGCUCUUCGACAAAAGCUUGAUGCAGAAGAUGCGGAAGUCAAAAAUUCAGCUUUUAUUUUGGAAAUUCAGAAGUACUUGUUUCCUACUUGCACUAUUCAGCGAAUUCAGAAGCAAGUCGUUGAACUUCUAGAGAUAUAUUGGUUGGAACCGAAGACACCAUUUGAUUCCUGUAAUGAUAUCGAAUGUCAGUUGGACUUUCCCCUCACCCCACGAGCAUUUCUUUUUCGAUGCUUCCAAAAGAUUGAGAAGUCUUAA